AUGUUGUGCAGGGCUUUUACUACGGGGACCCCACCAGCACCGCGGUAUCACCACUCCGCUGUGGUCUAUGGGAGCAGCAUGUUUGUGUUUGGUGGCUAUACUGGAGACAUCUAUUCCAAUUCCAAUCUGAAGAAUAAAAAUGAUCUCUUUGAAUAUAAGUUUGCAACUGGACAGUGGACAGAGUGGAAGACUGAAGGAAGAUUGCCAGUUGCGAGGUCAGCUCAUGGUGCGACAGUGUACAGCGAUAAGCUGUGGAUCUUUGCAGGAUAUGAUGGCAACGCACGGUUAAAUGAUAUGUGGACAAUUGGCCUACAGGACAGAGAGCUAACAUGCUGGGAAGAGAUUGAACAAAGUGGUGAAAUUCCUCCUUCAUGCUGUAAUUUUCCUGUGGCUGUUUGCAAAGACAAGAUGUUUGUUUUCUCUGGCCAGAGUGGAGCAAAGAUUACCAAUAAUCUCUUUCAGUUUGAAUUCAAGGAAAAGAUUUGGACACGAAUUCCUACCGAGCACUUACUUCGAGGCUCUCCUCCUCCUCCACAACGAAGAUACGGCCACACAAUGGUUGCAUUCGACCGGCAUCUCUACGUGUUUGGUGGUGCUGCAGAUAACACGCUGCCCAACGAGCUCCACUGCUACGACGUGGACUCUCAGACCUGGGAAGUUAUCCAGCCCAGCCCAGACAGUGAGUUACCCAGUGGGAGACUCUUCCAUGCUGCCGCUGUUAUCUCAGAUGCUAUGUACAUCUUUGGUGGCACAGUGGACAAUAACAUUAGAAGUGGAGAAAUGUACAGGUUCCAGUUUUCCUGUUACCCUAAAUGCACUCUACAUGAAGAUUACGGAAGGCUGUGGGAAAACAGGCAGUUCAGUGACUUGGAGUUUGUUUUGGGAGAGAAGGAAGAACGAGUCCGAGGGCAUACCGCAAUUGUUACAGCUCGCUGCAAGUGGCUGAAAAAGAAAAUCAUACAGGCAAGGGAGAGGUUGAAACAGAAAUCAAAGCAAGAUAUUGAAGACGAGGGUCAUGCCACGUGUCAGAAGGAUGGGAUUGGUGGGAACGUCAAGUUGUGCCGCCUGCAGCCACUGCUGGAAGUGCCCAUCCGAGAGGCUGAGGCACAACCCUUCGAGGUGCUCAUGCAGUUUCUGUAUACGGAUAAAAUAAAAUACCCUCGCAAAG